UCUUCGAUGAGUCAGAUGCAGCAGUUCAUUGCAGUCGCAAGUGAAACAGCCGAGCCGGAACGAUGAAAACUAGUAUCUUUUUGUUAAUAGCUGUAUCUUUCGCGUUGAUCCACGCUAAAAUCUACAGGGAUUGCGGUUCAAAAACAGGCAUCCUACAAUCUGUUGAAAUAUCACAUUGUAAUCAAACGACGAUGUCCUGGUGUCCUUUGAGAAAAGGUCAAAGUGUCGAUCUACAUCUAAAAUUCCAAUCACUCAUCUCAACAAAACAUGUGAAGUCCGUAGUACACGGAAUUUUGGGAAAUAUUCCUAUCCCGUUUGUGCUGCCGAAAAGCGAUGGAUGUGUGGACAGUGGCUUGUCAUGUCCUCUUACACUACAUAAAGAAUAUGUUUACAAUGCCACACUGCCUAUUCUCUCUAAAUAUCCAAAGGUCUCUGUGACUGUCCAAUGGGAAUUGGUAGAUGAUGAUGGAAACGAUAUUGUCUGCUUCAAGAUACCCACGAGAAUCGUUUAAAAACAUGUUAAAAAAUGAGAACUGGUAGAUGAUGAUGGAAAUGACAUUGUCUGCUUCAAGAUACCCAUGAGAUCCGUUUAAAAACAUUUUAAAAUUAGACUACUUUUGUAUAAAUAUUGUUAUCUAA